AUGUCCGGGAAACACUGGCCCCCGGGGACGCAGUGCGUCACCAAGCACGACCACACCAAGCCGAAGGCCCGGGAGCUGGCCUUCCGCAAGGGCGACGUGGUCACCAUCAUUGAGGCCAUGGAGGGCAAGGGAUGGUACCGUGCCAGACACAACGAGACGGGGCAGGAGGGGGUACCCGCGGCCGCUGUUUUCAUCCGCGUCGACCCCAAGCUCAGCCUCAUGCCCUGGUUCCAUGGGAAGAUCUCGGGAGUGGAGGCGGUGCAGGAGCUGCAGCCCCCCGAGGACGGGCUCUUCCUGGUGCGCGAGUCCGUCCGGCACCCCGGCGACUACGUGCUGUGCGUGAGCUUCGGCAAAGAGGUGAUCCACUACCGGGUGGUGCACGAGGAGAACACGCUCAGCAUCGACAGCCAGCAGUACUUCUCCAACCUCAUGGACAUGAUCGAGCACUACAUGAAGGAGCAGGGAGCCAUCUGCACCAAGCUGGUGAAGCCCAAACCGAAAACUGGGAUGAAGUCAGCUGAGGAGGAGUUGGCCAAAGCUGGCUGGUUGCUGAACCUGCAGUACCUCACACUGGGAGACCGCAUCGGGCAAGGCGAGUUCGGAGAUGUCUUGCAGGGUGAGUAUAUGGGGCAGAAGGUGGCUGUGAAGAACAUCAAGUGUGACGUGACCGCCCAGGCCUUCCUUGCUGAGACUGCUGCCAUGACGAAGGUCCGGCACAAAAACCUGGUGUGCUUGCUCGGUGUGAUCCUGCACAACGGCCUCUACAUCGUCAUGGAGUUCAUGAGCAAGGGCAACCUGGUGAACUUCUUGCGCACGCGGGGCCGGGCUCUCGUCUCGACCCAGCAGCUCCUCCUGUUCGCUCUAGACGUGGCCCAGGGCAUGGACUACCUGGAGUCCAAGAAGCUGGUGCACAGGGACCUGGCUGCCCGCAACAUCCUCAUCUCCGAGGAGAAUGUGGCCAAAGUGAGCGAUUUUGGCUUGGCCCGGGUCAACCCCAAGGGCAAGGAUGCCACUUUGCUGCCCGUGAAGUGGACAGCCCCGGAGGCCCUGAAACACAACAAAUUCUCCUCCAAGUCGGACGUGUGGAGCUACGGGAUCCUCCUGUGGGAAACCUUCUCCUUCGGCCGAGCGCCUUACCCCAAGCUGAGCCUGAAGGAGGUGACGGAGCUGCUGGAGCAGGGGUACCGCAUGGAGCCCCCCGAGGGCUGCCCGCCUGCCAUCUACACCCUGAUGAAGAGCUGCUGGGAGCUGGAGCCAGGCAAGCGGCCGUCCUUCAAGAAACUCACAGAGAAGCUGCAGAAGGAGCUGAAGCACCUGAGGAACGUUUAACCCCCAUCCUGCUCCCAGGACCUGUGACCAGAAGCCCCUCAGACCCACCGGGGUUGGGAGUGGUGUGGCAAGGGGUGGCUGGGCAGCGAGGUGGCCUACGGUGCCACUCUCUCCCCAUGGAGAUGGGGCAGCAUCUGGGAGGUGGUCUCUCCUCCCC